AUGUAAAAUAUUGCAUAACAAUCAAAUCUAAAAAAGAAACUAACUAAAAAUUAUAAAACACAUAGGCCCACAUCUAGCAGAAGAUGUAAGUAGCAUAAGAAUUGGCAAAAACAAAAGAAACUUCUUGAGAAGUAGAAGUAAAUGAUGGAGAAAGUGUAAGAGUAGUUAGAGAAAUAAAAUUAGUAAUUGGAGUAUCCGGAGUCUGAUGAGCAUGACAUUUUUGAGAAUGGUGAGAUUUAUUAAAGGUCUUCUUAAUUUUACACAUAUAUGUGCACAGGAAUGAACGGAAAAGAGUUUGAAUUCUUGGCUCUAACAGAUUUGAAACUUGAUCUAAUUAACGAAGCCAUAACAGACUAAAACAAAUGA